UUAAAAAAUACAAUGUUUAAUCAUAAAAAAUUAAAUUACAGUGUUUAUUAAAAAUACAAUCAAAAUAUGCUAUACUCUACAGCAUGCCAUAUAUUCAGGUAUCCGUUAAUCACAUCAAAUCUGUCGAGAUCUUUAAUCGGUCAAAAAAUUUCUAGAGUUAACUGUAUAGCAUCAGCGUUUCGAGGGUUCAGUGAUACAAAAAUAGAAUUGCCUCCUUCAGCGUCUUUUUUGCAAAAUGACGGCAGCGCCACCGUUGUGUUACUUGGUACCGUCCAUUUCAGUAAACAAUCAGUGGAAGAUGUUUCCCAGAUAGUAAAGUCACUAAAUCCAAAUGGAAUAAUGAUUGAGCUAUGCCGACAGAGAGUGUCGUUACUAGAACUGGACGAUAAAAAGUUCUUAGAAGACGCCAAAAAAUUUGAUGCAAAAAAAUUGAGACAAGCAGUAAAAGGUCAAAAUUUUGUGUCGGGUAUGUUACAUGCUAUGUUGCUAAAAACAUACGCCGAUCUCGCUAAAGAGUUGGGUGUAGCGCCUGGAGGAGAAUUCAGGAGAGCUUAUCAUGAGAUGAAAAAAAUUCCUGGCUGCAAAUUAUUUCUCGGCGAUAGACCCAUUCAAAUAACGAUUGCAAGAGCUUUCCAGUCCCUCAGUGUGAUAGAAUUGGGACAAGUUCUUUUUCAUUUAACUAAUUCCAAACCAAAACCUAUAGAUAAAUAUCAACUAGAAAAAUACAAAAGUAAAGACUUUGUUCAAGCCCAAUUUGAGGAAAUAACGAGAGAGGUGCCGGCUUUUAAGAAAAUAUUUCAUGUGUUCGUUGACGAACGUGAUAAAUGUCUCGCGUUUUCUUUGCAAGAAUGUGUACGUGCCGUCGAAAAGCCUCGUGUCUUGGCAGUUGUAGGAAUGGGCCAUGUGGAUGGAAUUAUGAAAUAUUAUGGCAAAAUGAGACAAGAAGACAUCGUGCCAUUGCUAUUGUAAGGGGUAUAUAAAUUGUUUUUCAAUAGUGACUAAAUUAUGAUCAACAUCUACUUUUUGAGAGGAGACAUUAGAGUUCAUUUGCAAAUUAGUUGAAGACAUACUUAGAAUACCUCCUACGCCCGUGUAUUGGGUAAUACUUCGUGCAACCAUAAAAUUCACUUUUUAUUUUUUGAUAUUUUCUUUUAUUUACCGGCUAAUUUUUGGCUAAAUAAAAUUAUUAUUGUUCUCUGUUUACCACCAAAUAAAGAAAGAAGUAAUA